UUUCAAUUAAAUAUUCCAGUGAUGGUUCUGAAUUUUCUUCCCUUUUUUUCCUCUUGUGCGCUUCAGGGCAAGUAGGCUGGAGAGGAGUUUCCGCUUCAGCCAGGGAGCCAAUGGAGGCUCUCGUACGCGCUCACAUGAGUUUCUCCGGACAGUUUUUAAUGACUGAUAUUGAUGUAUGGUAAUUCCUUAGCUCGAUCACAUGACACAAUUACCUCAAGAAUCGAUCAAGAUGUAUUGCAGGUCUGCCUGCGUUUCCUAUUUUUUUCUCCCUCGCUGGGUCUUUCCACACGCCCGCCGUGCUAUAGAUGGACAAAGUUUAACACCGUAGGGCUGCCAAAUCCUCUGUUGCAAGGAGGAAAAGGGGAAAAGAGAUAUGACGGAAUACGAUGAUCGCAGCUGUGCGUCAAAUAUGUUUCUACCCAGCUGCACUUAUUACGUUUCGACGCCCGAUUUUACAUCCGUCUCCUCCUUUUUACCACAGACUACUUCGUGUCAGAUUAAUUUCCCUUAUUCUCCCAACAUAGCUCAAGUCCAGCCCGUUCGAGAGGUCGGUUUCAGGGAUUAUGGAUUGGAGCAUCCCAAAUGGCGCUACAGGAGCAAUUACGCGUCCUACUACUCAACGGACGAGAUUAUGCACCGGGACCUGAUUCAGUCCUCGAGCGGCAGGGCGGACGUGAUCUUCAAAAACGAGUCCUUGUACGGACACCACGGGGGGACGAGCUCGCCUUGCAAUUUCUUCACCAACGUGGGGCGCAACGGGGUUCUCCCGCAAGGCUUCGAUCAAUUUUUUGAAGCCACAAACUCAGACAAGGCAGGCGCGGAGCUCCCCAAACAAAAGACUGACUCGGCUUCUUCCGGUGAUGCUGCGAACAACAGCCAGGAUUUAACCAAAAUAGAGAACACGGAGGCGAGCGGCAGCGUCGACGAGGACUCAUCAUCCAACUGCAACAACAGCAGACAGAGUUCAUCAACCAAGUCCAGGAAGAAGAGGUGUCCUUAUUCCAAAUACCAAAUCCGAGAACUUGAACGAGAGUUUUUCUUCAACGUGUACAUUAACAGAGAGAAGCGGCUUCAGCUCUCCAGGAUGUUGAACCUGACUGAUCGCCAAGUCAAGAUUUGGUUUCAGAACAGAAGGAUGAAGGAGAAAAAGCUGAACCGCGACCGGUUGCAGUAUUUCACUGGAAAUCCUUUAUUCUGAAUUCUGCUUUACGCACACACACACAAUAAAACACACACACACGCGCGCGGGCGGAGGAUAAUUUUCUUGAUGCUUUUAAGAAAAUAUACAAAAUCUUUUUUUCAUUAAUCCCUACAUUUUGUUAAUCGUGUAUUUUAGCUUUAUUGGCAACAAAUAUUUCAACAUUUGUGCUUUAAAAAUAUUCAUGUGACACAUUUACGCUCAUUUCUUGUGCAUUUGUAAUACGCGUUACUGUACCUUGUUGUGCGAAAACACCCAAAGACAUAUUUUUCCUGAGAAAUGGCAAAAUGUUGGCGCUCGGAGCAGUGUUUGGUCCUGUUGUUUCCUUUGCUUUGUAAAACUGAAUUGUUUACUAAACCUUGAACCGUCUAGACAGUACAAUAAACGAGCUGUAAAUGUCUAUAUAGGGGCUAUUGGACUUUGGUGUGGCAACCCCCAAGACCACAUGAGGCGCGGAUCUCCUUCCUGUCUUAAACUGCCUUAACUUCAAGAAUCGAUCUUGCUUUCGAAUUCAUUUUUUUGUUUUUUUGUUUGCGCGCCGCUUGUUUGACACUUUAGGAUAUUCCAAAAAUUAACCUCAAUUUGGGAAAAGAUGCAAUUAAUUACUUUCUUUUCGAAAUUAAAAUGCAAGUGUCCUGUAUAAAAAAAGAAAAAUAAAUUCAAACAAUAAUAAUAAUAAGGAUAACAGUCUGAAUAUGCGUCUUUACGCACAUGGAACUGUUCCAUGAAGGCACAUUUUAUGUUUACUGCGAUAAUUUCACACUCAAUGUUUUUUU